AGCUGAGUACCUUGGCGAGUACUGAUCUUGAUCGGCAGCGCUAAGGAGCUGAAUAAUUUCAUUCAAUAUGAAGGUUUUGAUUGUUCUAUCCGCCAUCUUGGCUUGCGCCUUCGCUACUUCGCCACUGAUUUACGCUAAAUUGGUGCCCGGUGCUCCAAUCGGCCUGGAUGGCCGAGUGACCGACACUGCGGAAGUUGCGUUGGCCAAGGCUGAACACGCAGCCGCUCAUAUCAACGAGAAGAUUAAUUUGGCUGCGGAAGCUGCCAGAUCAGCCGACGUGCUCGCUUAUGUAGCUCCGUCCAACGUAGCCGUGGUCGACAGCAGCGUGCAGCUGGUGCAACCGGUUGCGGUGACGGCGAAACUGGCCUCUGGUGCGCCGAUCGGGCUCGACGGCCGUGUCGUCGAUACGCCGGAAGUAGCCCUCGCCAAGGCAGAACAUGCAGCGGCGCACAUCAACCACUUCAACGAGAAGCUUGGCUACGAAGCUACGAAAUCGAUUUACCAUGAGCAACCGGCCGUCAUUGUGGAUCGUAGCGCACCAUUCUUUCGUUACUACUUUCGUACAACAGCAGCGCUCUUUUUAUUAGGAAGAAGGUGUGUGGGAGUUCAACGAAGGAUACAACGCCCCUGGAUCGUCAUGAGAGGCCUGAUUUUCCUGCUCGCCACGGCGGUGACUUGUAGAGCCGCAUACGUCAGUUCAUCCCCAUAUGGGAAUCCUCUGGUUCACCAACAAGUUGCACCGAACUUCGCGCCGCCCGCUCCGGUUGGCGAAGACGGCAACGUCAUCGACACGCCGGAAGUAGCGCAGGCGAAGGCCGCGCAUUUUGCUGAAUUCGCGAGGGCCGCCGCCCGCGCAGUUCAAGAUGAGAAGAACCAGCAAGGCUUGUCCGAUUAUCAACCGCAGAUCUCAUCACCCGCAUAUAGUUACUCAGCUGCUCAGCCAACUGGAGUGCCUUAUCUGAAACAAGCCAGCUACCAGCAACCCACUCCGAUCUAUCAGACUGCCAACCAUGUACCGGCGCCCAUCUACGUGAAUUAUCAGCAACCUCAACAAUACGACGCACGGGCUAACUUUGUAGGUCAGAAGAGUUACACGCUCCCAGCAAAGCCCACCACUUUCGUACCGGCGCCGUUGGCCGAGGACGGAACGGUCUUAGACACGCCGGAAGUGGCGGCCCUAAAGGCAACCAGAUUGGCCGAACUCGCCGAAGCAGAGGCUCGGGCUUACAAACACGCGAGCGAGAAUCCGAGUGAGCACCAGGGUCAAGCUUAUGGAUCUCCAUCCGGUCCCGCUCCCGCCAAUCUAGGACACUAUGGCGCUUCGCGAGCAUUCCCAGCAUCUUCAUACCCGGGAACUCAGUCUUACGCCACGCAACAAGUGUACAAUCCGUCAGGUUUUCAGCCUCGUCAUUAUCAGUCCCAGCAUCUGAUAGGAAAUUUCUAAACCUAGCGGAUCACGGUCGAUCAACAUGUUCCGGUGCCUGUACAUAUUCUAGAUGAAUAAAUUGUUUUCCUAUCUUUA